AUGACGCCCGACUUCUGGCCCGCCUAUUUAACAAGGCAGUCUCCAACUUUAACAGUUAAAUUCGGCUGGACGAAUGCACUCGCUGACAAGGAGUACUUCUACAAAUUACCACGCACCAUCAAUCAGGCGGAGACUGAAGGAUGGCGUAGAACAGAGCGUCCACCUGGACCGAUGCAGGAGCUGCGUCUGUACUGCUCUCCUGGAAGGACUCUCUGUACUCUAUACGACCCAUCAGGUUUCGUCGCUGGUAUACAGCUAGCAUUUCCAGUCGAUGAACUGAUAACAGCAUCAUUCAGACCUGAACAGAGAUUCACAAAAUGGAGCGCUCCGGCUUCAGACAGCGAACCAGCGACGGAGUUCUGGACCAUCACACAGUACCUAGUCUCAGAAGAAUCGCUCAAGGCGGGUGCCGGUCCACAAGUGGAAAAUGGUGCAACAUUGCAAGAUGGUGGCGUGUGGGUAAACGACCUCGACGGGCAACUUAUGCGCAUACCCAGCACAGAGGCUGAACUUAACACUACCUUAUUUAAGAAACAGAACUGUAUACCAAACAUGGGCACCCAUUACCACUACAACAUGACCCACGAAAUGUCAUGCGAUAACAUACUUCCAUGGUUCGCUCUCACAAACAAUGGAUAUCUGGUAGGAGUUGGAUUCCAGCUUAUUGGCAAGGUGACCCAACCACCCAAGGGUAGAGAUUGGUUCGAAGUAUAUAGUGGAAGGGAAGUCACUGAGAUGACCAUCCCCUUUGCCCCGGAGUGCCUUUACAAAAUGACGGAGUCAAGCCCCGCUCUAUCCCUACACAUUUACUACAUUGACAGUCCUUGGGAAAUAAAAUGCCGUGACGGCGACUCCGCGAAGCCUGCUGGAGUUCUCAAUCGGCUGCUUCUCAACGGAGAUCGAUAUGUGUCGACUCUUUGGGACUUGACUAAGAAGGUAUUUAGUGGAAAAUAAAGGAAAGCCCACAAAGGGAACAGUUAUA